AUGGAAGAGAAAAAUGACUUUCCAACCAAAGCCGAACAGGGUACUCCGCCCUUGCGUGCCGCUCUCCUCCCUUUGGACGAUGGAGGGGGGACGGGCGUGAAGGUGAUAAGACGCUUGCUUGAUGCAACUGGGGGUCGGCGCGUAAAUCUGGCCAAGCCUAGUCACGGCGGUGGUGCAAACCCUAGCUUCGCCCAGGGUCGACGGCGGCGGACUGGCGAUGCGGCGCAGCGAUUGGAUGUAGACGCCUGCAAAUCGACCACGGAGCCAGUGAUCACACUUGCGGUCGUGCAGUUGGGGCGACUACGGUGA